CUCGUUUCGUAUCGAGAAAUAAUAAUCUCAGGUCACUCCAAAAUUACAUUUAGCCAUAUCUGUGAGUAAUUUAAGAAAAUAUAUGUAACUUUAAUACUAAAAUCUGUAUGAAAAGUAGUUACUUAUCUAUUGCCCCAGCAGAUGUCACUUAUGACUUAGCUUGUGGGUUAAGCUUAAGCCUCCGUUUCCCGUUUGAUAAAUGUGCUUGUUUUGUGGUUGAGUUGUUCGUUGCGUUUGAUUAUUUAACACAAAUCCGGGUUUGUAGAUUCGUGGUCUUUGUGUGAAUAAUCUUUGAGACGAUUAUUUUAUUUCUUGUUGCCUCGCUUUUUUAAUUGAUUUGGAAAUUCUUUAGAGGUUAGGCAAGCAAUUCAAUAUUUACUAUGGAGCCAAAAACUGAUGAUAAGCCUUGCAGAAAAUCGGAAGAUUACGAUAGUAUGCAGAAAAAUGAACACUGGAUUGGUGUUAACCAGGUGAAAAUGAAGAAUCAGUUAGUAGUUGAGGUUAAAUCUGAAAAACCAGAUACAGAACCAACCGUGGACGACCUGAAGAUUGAAAACAUGGACACGAUGAUACUGAAUGAACAGCUUAACAUCAAAUCUGAAUAUAAUGAAGAUCCUGUAUGUCAUUUAAUAUGGGACAGAGUUAAAGAAGAGAAAAUAGAAUCGGGGAUUGAACCUGACUCGACAGCAGAUUCUGUUGAACAGAGGAAGCUGGGGUUCCAAGAAUCUGAAAAGAUGGAAGAAAAACCAGAUUUAAGCAGCACAGAUUUUGAAAAUAUGGACGCAGUGGGGCUGCAUGAAGAGUUUGACAUCAAAACUGAGAGCGACCAAAGUGACGACCAUAACUCGCCGACCGAUAGCGCACAAAUAAAGAAAAAUCGGAAAAAGGAACUGGGAAAUUCACCGAUCGAAGAAGGAAAAAAGUCGUUCAGCCGCCAUAUUUGUAACUAUACGAGCCAUUGUGAAAAGGGUUUGAUCUGCCAUAUCAAAAGGGACAAUUGUUAUUUAGGAUCUAGUUUGGGAAAAUCACGAUCUGUAUCCAAAAAACAGUAUCAGUAUUGUUGUAUCAAAUGUAAUGAGGUGUUCAAAAGCAAAACAUCACUAAACAAACAUUUGGUUAACAAUCAUGUAAGAUAUAUUGAGUCAGUUUCAUCUAAAAUACAUGAAUGCACAUUCUGUGAUUUUAAAACAGCUUAUAAAAAGCAUUUACCCAGUCAUAUGCUAAGACAUACUAUUAAACUGUUCGUAUGCAAACAUUGUAAUACGUCAUUUAAAUCAACGCAAUCGCUGUUUGACCAUAUUUUAAGAAUACAUCCAAACUUUAUCGGGUCAAUUUCUAAUAAGAUAUAUGAAUGUAUGCAUUGUGCACACAAAGGAAUCCGUAGGAGUAAUUUUAUAAGGCACAUGGCAAAACAUAAUAAUCAAACGACUUUCAAGUGUAUAAACUGUGACGCUUCGUUUAAUACUAAACUACGAUUAGAAAAUCACAUUUCGCAGAAACAUCCCAAAUUUGGCGCAUCCGAGUCUAAUAAAAUACUUGAAUGUACAAAUUGUGAAUAUAAAACUGCAUAUAAGGAGCAUUUAGUUAGGCAUAUGUUGAAACAUACUGGAGCUAAGUGCACGUGUACAAAGUGUGAUGCGUCAUUUACAGAGAAACGAUCGUUAGACAACCACAUUUUACAGAAGCAUCCAGAGUUGAGUGCUUCUGUAUCUCAUAAGAUACAUGAAUGUACACAUUGUGAAUAUAAAACUACAGACAGGAAGAGUUUGGCUGGGCAUAUCAUGAAACAUACUGGAGCUAAGCUGACGUGUACAAAGUGUGAAGCGUCAUUUACAAGCCAACAAUCUUUAGAUAAUCACAUUCUGCGAAAACAUCAGAAGCAUACUGCUUCUGUAUCUACUAAAAUACAUGAAUGUACACAUUGUGAAUAUAAAACCACGCACACACACGCGUUUGCUAGUCAUAUGAUGAAGCAUACUGGAACUAAGCGCACGUGUUCAAAGUGUAAUGCGUCAUUUAUAAAUAAAAUAUUACUAUACAACCACAUUUUACGGAAGCAUCCAGAGUUAAGUGCUUCUGUAUCUCAUAAGAUACAUCAAUGUACACAUUGUGAAUAUAAAACUACAAAAGCGCGGUAUUUAGCUAGGCACAUAAUGAAACAUACUGGAGCUAAGUUGACAUGUACAAACUGUGAUGCCUCAUUUACAAGCCAACAGUCUUUAGAUAAUCACAUUCUGCGAGAACAUCAGAAGUUUGCUGCUUCUGUAUUUAGGAAGAUACAUGAAUGUACACAUUGUGAAUAUAAAACUACGUACUUACGCGAGCUUGCUACUCAUAUGAUGAAGCAUACUGGAGCUAAGCUGACGUGUACAAAGUGUGAUGCGUCAUUUAUAAAGAAAAUAUCACUAUACAACCACAUUUUACAGAAGCAUCCAGAGUUGAGUGCUUCUGUACCUGAUAAGAUACAUGAAUGUAUACAUUGUGAAUAUAAAACUACAUACGCGAGCAGUCUAUCUCGUCAUAUGAUGAAACAUACUGGAGCUAAAUUCCUGUGUACAAAGUGUGAUGUCUCAUUUAUUACGAAACAUUCGUUAGAUAACCACAUUUUGCAGAAACAUCCAGAGUGUACUACUUCUGUAUCUCGUAAGAUACAUAAAUGUACAUAUUGCGAAUAUAAAUCUCUACAAAAGUCGCAAUUUAUCAUACAUAUGAUGAAACAUACUGGAGCUAGGCUCACAUGUACAAUGUGCGAUGCGUCAUCUACAAAUAAACAAUCCCUAGACAACCACAUUUUAAAGAAGCAUCCGGAAUUGAUUGCUUCUGUAACUAGCAAGAUUCAUGAAUGCAUACAUUGUGAAUAUAAAACGACAUUGGGGAUGCAUUUUCGUAUACAUAUGAUGAAACACACUGGAGCUAAGCGCAACUGUACAAAGUGUGAUGCGUCAUUUACAACCAAAUUAUCGUUAGACAACCACAUUGUACAGAAACAUCCUCAGCUUGCUGCUUCUGUAUCUAGUAAGAUACAUAAAUGUACACAUUGUGAAUAUAAAACUACACUUAAGAAGAAUUUGACUAAGCAUAUGAUGAAAUGUGAUUCGUCAUUUCCAAGAAAAGAAUACAUAGACAACCACACUUCAGAGAAGCAUCCCCAGCUUACCGCUUCUGUGAACAAAUUGAAAAAAUCUCUCGAUCGUUUCAAUACGUCGAGUUGUGAUAUCUACGAAUGCUGUAAUGUGACAUUUGAUUGCAAAUCGACAUUUGAUGAUCACGUAAUUAAAAAUCAUGCGGAUAUUAUGCGAUGAACUACAAAAAAAUAUAUUACGUAAAAUACAUCAUAAUGUAACGCAUAUAGUCACAGGGUAUUCUGAAAGUUGGAACUUAUUUUUUAAGAUUUGUUUAGCAUUAAAGUUACAAUGUCAAUUUUGUAUAAUUAUUCGUUUAUACAUUUUUGUAAACCAUUUUCUGUAAUUUUACAUUCUUCUCUAUUAAAAUCACAUCACAAUGCAUUUUGAGUAGGUAUUCAUAAAGUGAUUUUUUAAUUUCACCUUAAACGUUUUUAAAUUCCAACACUGUUUAAUAUGAUUAUUCAAUUUAUUAUAUUC